GUUUCCUCCUUUCUGUUACUGGAACCGAGGGAUGGAAGGAGAGAGACAGUGCGCUUUGCGGUGCUGGGUUGAGCUUUAAAACCUGAAGUCGAUUCUUCCACGGGUGGAUCGCUUCUUCUGUGGUGGUCUGGGCCAGCAGCGGUGUGUGGCUCUGGAUAAGGAAGGUAGAAUCAUCGUGGACCAAGGUUUACCCUUCUCGACCCAAAAGUGAAGAGGAGGAAGAACUUGGAUCCCAUGUGGUAUGAUGCACUGAACCCCAGCCCUUCUUCUAACACCUGAGCAGCUCCUGCAAAUGGCACCAUUGGAAACCAUGACCCAGGCUCUUCUGUUCAGGAUGGAAUUUUUGGCACAUUCUUCCAAACUCAGGUGAGACCCUGAUGGCUGUUCCACUGGCAGGUGCUGACAUACUCCCCAAGCCCAGCCCCUGACGUCAUUGCCAACCUUGGAAUCUAAAUGCCACAGUGUUCUUGGGGCCAGUCCAGCUGGGGACCACUGUUGCCUUUUAAGAUCAGAGAGAACCAUGGGAAACGCCGAAAGCCAAAAUGUAGACCAUGAGUUUUACAGAGAAAAGCAUGCCAGCCUGGGGCGCAAGCACACGUCGCGCUCGCUGCGCCUUUCGCACAAGACGCGCCGGACACGGCACGCUUCCUCGGGAAAGGUGAUCCACCGGAACUCCGAAGUGAGCACCCGAUCCAGUAGCACCCCCAGCAUCCCCCAGUCCCUGGCUGAAAAUGGCUUGGAGCCCUUCUCUCAGGAGGGUACCCUAGAGGACUUCGGGAGCCCCAUUUGGGUGGACCGCGUGGAUAUGGGCCUGAGACCCGUGUCUUACACGGAUUCUUCCGUCACUCCCAGCGUAGACAGCAGCAUCGUGCUCACCGCAGCCUCAGUGCAGAGCGUGCCAGACUCGGAGGGGAGCAGGCUGGACCACGAGGAUGACGCGACGUACUUGGCUGAGGGAGGCAGGAGGCAGCAUCCCUAUACAUCCAAUGGGCCCGCUUUCAUGGAGACGGCGAGCUUUAAGAAGAAACGCUCCAAAUCUGCAGACAUCUGGCGGGAGGACAGCCUGGAAUUCUCACUCUCCGAUCUGAGCCAAGAACAUUUAACAAGCAACGAAGAAAUCUUGGGUUCUGCCGAAGAGAAGGACUGCGAGGAGGCUCGGGGGAUGGAAAGCCAGGCGGGUCCGCCGCAGCUCAGCCCCUGUCAGCGUGCCAACUCCCUGGGUGACUUGUACGCUCAGAAAAACUCCGGGGCAACGGCGAAUGGGGGACCCAGGAGCAAAUUUGCAGGCUAUUGCCGGAAUUUGGUAUCUGAUAUUCCCGAUCUUGCAAACCAUAAGAUGCCACCAGCUGCUGCAGAAGAGAACCUUCCAUACAGUAAUUACAACACACUUCCCUGUAGGAAAUCUCACUGCCUUUCUGAAGGUGCCACCAACCCCCAAAUUAGCCAUAGCAACAGCAUGCACGGCAGAAGAUCUAAAACAACUCAGGAUGUCAACGCAGGCGAGGGCAGCGAGUUUGCUGACAGUGGGAUCGAAGGGGCCACCACGGACACGGACCUCCUGUCCAGGCGAUCCAAUGCCACCAACUCCAGCUACUCCCCGCCCACUGGCCGGGCCUUCGUGGGCAGCGACAGUGGCAGCAGCUCCACCGGGGAUGCCACUCGCCAAGGGGUGUACGAGAACUUUCGGAGGGAGCUGGAGAUGAGUACCACCAACAGCGAGAGCCUGGAGGAAGCGGGCUCGGCGCACAGCGACGAGCAGAGCAGCGGCACGCUGAGCUCCCCGGGCCAGUCGGACAUCCUGCUGACCGCCGCGCAGGGCACCGUGCGCAAGGCCGGCGCGCUGGCCGUCAAGAACUUCCUGGUGCACAAGAAGAACAAGAAGGUGGAGUCAGCCACCCGCAGGAAGUGGAAGCACUACUGGGUGUCCCUGAAAGGAUGCACGCUCUUUUUCUACGAGAGUGAUGGCAGGUCCGGCAUAGACCACAACAGCAUCCCCAAGCACGCUGUCUGGGUGGAGAACAGCAUUGUGCAGGCUGUACCUGAGCACCCCAAGAAGGACUUUGUCUUCUGCCUCAGUAAUUCCUUGGGUGAUGCCUUCCUCUUUCAGACCACCAGCCAGACAGAGCUGGAAAACUGGAUCACCGCCAUCCACUCUGCCUGCGCAGCCGCCGUGGCUAGACACCACCACAAAGAAGACACGCUCCGCCUCCUCAAGUCAGAAAUCAAAAAGCUGGAACAGAAGAUCGACAUGGAUGAGAAGAUGAAGAAAAUGGGCGAAAUGCAGCUGUCUUCAGUCACCGACUCCAAGAAGAAGAAGACCAUAUUAGAUCAGAUCUUCGUUUGGGAGCAGAACCUUGAACAGUUCCAGAUGGACUUGUUUCGUUUCCGUUGUUACUUAGCCAGUCUCCAGGGUGGGGAGCUGCCGAACCCCAAACGGCUACUGGCUUUUGCUAGCCGACCAACCAAAGUAGCCAUGGGCCGCCUGGGGAUCUUCUCUGUCUCCUCUUUUCAUGCCCUGGUGGCUGCACGCACAGGUGAAACAGGAGUGAGGAGACGUACUCAGGCCAUGUCCAGAUCCGCAAGCAAGCGAAGGAGCAGGUUUUCUUCUCUUUGGGGUCUGGAUACUACUUCCAAAAAGAAACAGGGACGCCCAAGCAUCAAUCAGGUGUUUGGAGAGGGUACUGAUGCUGUGAAGAAAUCUUUAGAGGGAAUAUUUGAUGACAUUGUUCCAGAUGGCAAGAGGGAGAAAGAAGUGGUCUUACCUAGCGUCCACCAGCACAAUCCUGACUGUGACAUUUGGGUCCAUGAGUAUUUCACUCCAUCUUGGUUCUGUCUGCCCAAUAAUCAGCCAGCCCUGACUGUUGUCCGACCGGGAGAUACUGCACGGGACACCCUGGAGCAUAUUUGCAAGACACAUCAACUGGAUCAUUCCGCCCAUUACCUGCGUCUGAAAUUUUUAAUAGCCAACAAAAUGCAGUUCUACGUUCCACAGCCUGAGGAGGACAUUUAUGAACUGCUGUACAAAGAAAUUGAAAUUUGUCCCAAAGUCACCCAGAACAUCCACAUGGAGAAGGCGGAUGCAGCAGCGGACAAUUACGGUUUCUUGCUGUCGUCUGUGGAGGAAGACGGGGUUCGGAGGCUUUAUGUGAACAGCGUGAAGGAUACUGGCCUAGCUUCCAAGAAAGGCCUGAAGGCGGGGGAUGAGAUUCUUGAGAUCAAUAAUCGCGCUGCUGGCACCCUGAACUCAUCUGCGCUCAAGGAUUUCCUCUUGCAGCCCUGCUUGGGCCUCCUGGUGAGGACCUACCCCGAGCUGGAGGGAGGCGCCGAGCUGCUGGAGAGCCCGCCCCACCGAGUGGACGGCCCCGCGGACCUUGGCGACGGUCCUCUCGCCUUCCUUACCAGCAGCGCAGGGCACAGCCUGUGCAGUGAUCAGGGCAGCAGCGCCGAGACGGCUCCAGAAGACACCGACGGGCCGGACAUGGAAUCCUCCGAUGAGACGGAUCACAGCAGCAAGAGUACAGAGCAGGUGGCCGCGUUUUGCCGCAGUUUGCAUGAGAUGAGCUCCUCUGACCCGAGCCCGUCGCCUCCGGACGCCACAGGGCCUCAGCUGGCCACCAUGAGACAGUUGUCAGAUGCGGAUAAGCUGCGCAAGGUCAUCUGCGAGCUCCUGGAGACGGAGCGCACCUACGUCAAAGACUUAAACUGUCUCAUGGAGAGAUACUUGAAGCCUCUUCAGAAAGAGACAUUUCUCACCCAAGAUGAGCUUGAUGUGCUCUUUGGGAAUUUAACAGAAAUGGUGGAGUUUCAAGUAGAAUUUCUUAAAACGCUAGAAGAUGGAGUGAGACUGGUACCUGAUUUGGAAAAGCUUGAGAAAGUCGAUCAGUUUAAGAAAGUGCUGUUCUCUCUGGGGGGAUCCUUUCUGUACUACGCUGACCGCUUCAAGCUCUACAGUGCCUUCUGUGCCAGCCACACGAAAGUCCCCAAGGUUCUGGUGAAAGCCAAGACCGACACGGCCUUCAAGGCAUUCUUGGAUGCUCAGAAUCCCAGGCAGCAGCACUCGUCCACCCUGGAGUCUUACCUCAUCAAGCCCAUCCAGAGAAUCCUCAAGUACCCGCUUCUGCUCAAGGAGCUCUUCGCGCUGACCGACGCAGAGAGCGAGGAGCACUACCACCUGGAUGUGGCCAUCAAGACGAUGAACAAGGUUGCCAGUCAUAUCAACGAGAUGCAGAAAAUCCAUGAAGAAUUUGGAGCUGUGUUUGACCAGUUGAUUGCCGAGCAGACUGGUGAGAAGAAAGAGGUCGCAGAUCUGAGCAUGGGGGACCUGCUUUUACACACCACGGUCAUCUGGCUAAACCCACCUGCCUCCCUGGGAAAGUGGAAAAAGGAACCUGAACUGGCAGCCUUUGUGUUCAAAACAGCUGUGGUCCUUGUGUAUAAAGAGGGCUCCAAACAGAAGAAGAAACUUGUGGGCUCUCACAGGUUGUCAAUCUAUGAGGAAUGGGACCCCUUCCGAUUUCGGCACAUGAUCCCCACGGAAGCCUUGCAGGUUCGAGCUUUGGCAAGUGCAGAUGCAGAGGCGAAUGCCGUGUGUGAAAUUGUCCACGUGAAGUCGGAGUCAGAGGGGAGGCCCGAGAGGGUCUUCCACCUGUGCUGCAGUUCCCCAGAGAGCCGGAAGGAUUUCCUGAAGGCUGUGCAUUCCAUCCUGCGGGAUAAGCACCGAAGACAGCUCCUCAAGACCGAAAGCCUCCCUUCGUCCCAGCAGUACGUUCCGUUUGGAGGAAAGCGGUUAUGUGCUCUGAAAGGGGCCAGGCCAGCCAUGAGCAGGGCAGUGUCCGCCCCCAGCAAGUCUCUUGGGAGGAGGAGGCGGCGACUGGCUCGCAACAGGUUUACCAUCGACUCGGACGCCCUGUCGGCCAGCAGCCCGGAGAAAGAGCCGCCGCCGCCGCCGGGGCCCGGGGCCGGGGCCGGGGCCGGGGACACGGACCGCUGGGUGGAGGAGCAGUUCGAUCUUGCUCAGUACGAGGAGCAGGACGGCAUCAAGGAGACCGACAUCCUCAGCGACGACGACGAGUUCUGUGAGGCGGCCCGGGACGCGCCGUCGGGGCCCACGGACCUGCAGGAGCGGCUGCAGGCCGCCUCGCUGAGCCCGCGGCGGGGCCUGGGCAGCCACGCGGCCCGCAUGGCGCAGCUCAAGAAGCAGGCGGCCCUGGGGGGCGGCGGCGGGGGGGGCGGCGGCGGCGGCGGGGACAGUGCCAGCGACGAAGUCAUCUGGGUGCGGAGGGAAGACUUCGCCCCUUCCAGGAAACUCAACACCGAGAUCUGACUUCCGCCCCCCUUCUGUAGAGAACGCGUGUGUAGAUACAGCCCCCCCUCCACCCCCCACGUGCCAGCCACCCGGAAUGUCCCCCAGGGCACUGUGCACACACCCACGUGGCAGCCGACUCGGGUCUGAAGCCAUGUAGCCACCCACCCCUCCACAUUCUCAACCACGCCAGGAGCGAGGAUCGCACGCAUCCCCCCCCGACGGCUCGAGUCCUUCCGACGACCACACAGCACCAAGGGCUUCUUCUGUUCAUCCUCAGCCAGGGCCUGAGGAACCGGGGAAAGCAAGACAGAACCAACCUACCACACUGGAGAGCAGCGGAGGAAGUGAUUUAAAGGUUAGAGUGCACACACACACACACACGCACACACACACACACACACUCUCCUGUCUCCCCGCCACUUUGAAACAUCUGUACAGCUUUCCGUGCCCAGGCUGUGUUUCUUCUUCAGUGUUGAGAAUAUCUGUCAUUUUCAAGAAUGUGCGAGGGGAAGGGUGGUCGUUUACGUGUUGAUGAGCCUUUCUUUGUUUCCCAUUUUUGUUGUCUUUGUUAAUAUCUUUCUUCUGUUUUGGUCCAUGGCUGGUCUUAAUGCUUAUGUGUCAGUGUUUGGAAGUUCUAGUUUUGCAUAGAAUUAUAAAGAUGCCAAACUCUUGGAGAAGAGGUCCAGAUUUAUCAUUUUUGAGAGAGAGAGAGAGAGAGAGAGAGAGAGAAACACAAACACUAUUUUUUGUAUUUUACCUGAGAUGCAGGGACCCAGAUAGGUGAGAAUUUUACAGUGUUAGGUGUGAUGAGGAUAUAACCUUUUACAGAGAGUGAGACAUUGUGACUUUAUAUUUAUAUAUGAAAAGCCAACAAGAAACUCAUGUUAAGAAUAAGCUUGUUUGUUUUUUUUCCCCCAGGAAGUAGAUUUUUUUUGGGGGGGGGGGUAAAUGCUUGAAUCUAUAUUUGAGAUGGGAGUUUGGUUGGAGAACACGUGACAGGGAAUGGGCGG